AUGCAGCCGUCGUUGCCGCUGGCGUGUUUUUUGUCGAUGAUACGACCACCAGGGGUGCAGUUCGAAGAUUCCCUGCUUCAGAUACUGCCAGUGGAUAAGACAAAGUGCCCGUUUGUUAGAGACAACAACGAUGUUGAGUUUAGACUGUUUACAAGACACAAUCCGACAGUGUACCAAGAGCUACGUAUUGACGAUGACGAGAGCCUGUUCGCUUCUCACUUCAACUUCCACGACCCGACCGUGGUGUACUUCGGUGCCUUUUUGGAGCAGCCCGACGAUGGAAGCGGACUGCUGGUUAGAGAAUCCUACAUGCUCCGUGGGGACAGCAACUUCAUAAUCCUGGACCUGAGCCGGCUGGAGGCCGGGCCGUGGUAUUUCACGGCAGCAGAGAAUACUUGGUACAUCGGACAAUUCGCCGCCAAGUUCGUGGACUACAUGGUCUCCAGGGGCCUGGACUUGAACAAGACGCACUUCAUCGGGCACAGUCUGGGGGCUCAGUCCGCCGGUGUGGCUGGUUCCGCCUUGAAGUCGGGCCGCGUCUCCAGGAUCACCGGUCUGGAUCCGGCGCUGCCGCUGUUCGACAAAUUACCCCUAUCGCAGAGACUGGACCCAUCUGACGCGAAAUUCGUGGACGUUAUACACACAGAUGCUGGGAUAUUUGGCUUCAAAACCCCAAUUGGGCACGUAGACUUCUACCCCAACGGUGGGAUUAGUCCUCAACCUGGGUGCGAACUCGAAGUGGUGCUACACGAGCAAAGAUUUCUCAACAAAUUCUUCUGCAGCCACUGGCGUUCAUACCAGUUCUACAGCGAGUCUGUGAUCCGGCCGAAGGCAUUCGUGGCCACCGCGUGCGGAUCGUGGCGGCAAUACAAACGCGGCCUGUGCGCUGCACAGCACAGUAUCCAUAUGGGAUACGGAGUUGAUAGAACGUGAGACAAUUGUACUUGUUAUAGCACAGAGCGUUAGCACAGUAGCACAUAGCACAAUCAUAAGUGAUCAGGUUCUAUCCAAGCGGGGAGUGUGCGCUGCACAGCACAGUAUCCAUAUGGGAUACGGAGUUAAUAGAAUGUGGACGAUUUUUGAUUUAGCA